GCGGCGGCGGCGGCGGCGACAACGUCGGAGGCUGGUCGACUGCCGGGGGGCGCUUUCACGAGCCCGUACCACGCGAUGGCCGAGAACACAUCCAACGAGGAGAGCAAGGACUGCGAGAUGGACGAGAGCGGAGAGUUGGAGGAAGAGCGGGGGGCCGGCGAGCCGAACGAGAAGGGGCAGACGAACGGAGGAGGCGUCGGUAACGGAGGCGCACCACAUCUCGCCGCGUACCGAGGCGACCAGCUAGACAGUCCCGGCAGCAGCGGGUUGCAGAGAGCGAUGCAGCCCGCCGACGAGGAAUCGCCGCCGCAGACCGAUGCGGCCGGAUCAUACGAAGAUUCUUCGCUCCACUGUAUAUUUCCUCGCGCCGCCAACGACGACUCCAUGCAGUACUCGUCGCCGGACAUCGACGAACUGAGUAACAGUUCGGCGAAGAAGUCCGCGUCGGCAAAGCUGAUGAAAUCUCGCGUGCAUCGCUGCAAACAGUGCGAGUUCAGUUCCACCGACAAAGACCUCUUCUGGGACCACUCGCGCACGCACAUGCGCGACGAUAAGAUACUCUCUUGUCCGAAAUGCAAGUUCGUGACCGAGUACAAGCACCACUUAGAGUACCACCUCCGCAACCAUUUCGGCUCGAAGCCGUUCAAAUGCACGCAGUGUAACUACUCGUGCGUUAACAAGUCGAUGCUGAACAGCCACAUGAAGUCGCACUCGAACUUCUACCAGUACCGCUGCCGGGACUGCACGUACGCGACCAAGUACUGCCACAGCCUGAAGCUGCACCUACGCAAGUACGGCCACAAGCCGGCGACGAUGGUCAGCGGCACGGAGCUGAUGAUAUUCCAAGACCCGGAGACGCUUCUCGGAAAGCGCGGCCCGCGAGAGGUGAAGAAGAAACUGUUCGGAGCGCCGAACAUGUCGCCGACGGCCGCCGAGCCCACAGCGCCCUCUUUUCCGUACGGCUUCCCAAUGUCGCUUGCCGCCGCCGGCGGCACUCUGAUGCAGCCGUCGCUGAUGACGCAAUCGCAGCCGUACGUCGACGAGCCGGACCACAGCGCGUCGCGACACGUCCUGAAGUGUAACAUGUGCGACUUCUCGAGCAGACACCGAGAGCAGCUGGGCAAGCACAUGAUGAAACACGCCGCCGAGCAUCAGGACCUUCUCAAGCUCUACGGCCUGCACAUCGACAACCUUCCCGACGACUCCCCGCAACCUCCCUUCGCGGCGGCGCCGCCGCGCGGCACGCCCUGCAUGGGGGAUCGCGAGCCGGAUGAGGAGGGCGACGAGGAGGAAUUAGAGGUUCCCUCGAGGGAGGAGAGAGAGAACGUCGGCUACCCGGACGCACACGUCAACCCGCUGGCUAGAAUCAGAGAGAUGGCGGACGGGGCCGACGCGCUUGACUUGAGCAUGAACCGACAACAGCGUCAACGCAACGAGAACGCUCACGCCGCAGCCGCCGCAGCCGCCGCAGCCGCCGCUGCCGCCGCAGCCGCCGCCAAGCCUCAGAAAGCAGAGGGCGCCGCCAAGAAGCCGUCGUCGUCGAGCCGACGUAAGGGCCGGGCGUUCAAACUGGAGAAGAUAUCGAUGCAGCUGCAAGAGAGGUCUUCCUCUCAUGGCCCACCCGUCUCCUGUCACCAGCAGUUGUACAGCGGCGGAGGCGUAUUCAGACAGGAGCCUGAACUCGGACUAAGCGAGGUCGCGCGCGUCGCGCCCCAGCCCGACCGACGCGGAGACUGGACGCAAAUGCAUCGGGAUGCUCGCCUUGGCAACGCGAGGGUCGGCGUCGCGGCAAAGCUCAACGGAAAGCAUCCGGUGGCGACAUCCGGCCACGUCGCCAAUAGCAACGGGAAGCUGAGCGAGGCGCGCAAGUACGAGUGUACGUUCUGCGAGAUGGCGUUUGGCGAUUGCGUCAUGUACACUGUGCACAUGGGUUACCAUGACUACCGCAACCCGUUCAAGUGCAACAUGUGCGGAUGCCAGACGGAGGACAAGACGUCGUUCUUUCUACACAUUGCGAGAGUCGCGCAUUUCUAGUGUGUUUGCCCGCGUGCAUGCGUGCGCCCGUCGAGCGCUAGAUGAAACGUUACGCAAUGUUGGAGAAACCAUGCAUAGGAACUAGUCACGAAGGAAACUCCCGAUGACCGGGGAAUUACACAUAAUUAUGUGUUUACAUCGAGAGCAAUUUAAGUAAAAUGGCAUUUUUAGCUGUUAAUAUAUACAUAUACAUAUGUACAUAUAUAUACAUACAUAUAUGUGGUAUACAUAUGUACAUAUAUAUACAUAC